AUGAGAGUGACAUUCCCAAACCCACUGGGACCGCCAAUCACAGUCGAUACCGCCCACCUUAACUCGAUACGCGAGAGGAUACCGAGGUCAUUACCUUCAUUACAGCGUCGACCACAUUUCAAGUUAUUCGCUAUAAUUUUCGCUAUCGCUUUGCUCUUCACAAUACAUCCUAAACCACCUUUCCCUCCUAGCUACUCGGUCGAAUGGAGACAGGAAGGGAGCCUACCGCAAAUCAAAGGAAAUACACUCAUGGGAGAGGGCAAGAGUGGUAGAUAUGUGAAGUUUGAUGUUCCUAGAGGAACAGGAUUCAACCAUCAAUUACAAAGGGUUUUACUGCAACAUCACCUGGCGCUUCUAGGGAACCGGUCACUCGCUUUUGAGCCUUAUGUAGAGGAUGACACGUACCUUCCCUUUGUGGUCUCUCGAUGGCCAUGGAGGUCUGCUCGAAUACCACUAUCAGCAUAUAUCUCAACCGUGAUAUCGGGUUUUGAGAAAUUCUCCAAAUCACCAAGAGCUGUACCUGCCCACUACUACCGUAAUGUCUGCCCGUCACGCAAGGAGCAAUUACACGCUAUCAGGAACGACGCUCAACCACAAGGUGACUUGGAACUGGUGGAGGAUGGUCAGUCGAGGAUACAUCAAAUACAGGUCCUGCUUGCUGGUAGUCAAGAGAAUUGCGUGAGAAUCACCGGUGAACCCUUUGACGAUGAGUUCUUUGACUCCCCAGCCUCUCUCGACCUCUACGAUACCUUUGUCAAAUCACCAGUGAUGAAACACUUUUCCUUCUCCCCCACGGUAUUGGCAAUCAUAAAUCGCGCUUUACCCUCUCUGUCUCCAGAAUCGCUGCCUUAUGACCUUCAAGCUGUGAGUCAAGCGACUAGCCAGGAUAUACCGAAAUCGACCAUGUGGAGGCACAUCCUAGCUAUGCAUCUCAGAAGAGGGAAGAACUGGGAGGCAGUAUGUGAGGAAAAAGGACAACGAUCAGCCCCCUUUGUGUCAUUCAACAAACUACCGCUUCUUCCUGGAAACGAAAAUGUCCCUCCUCCCGCUUCAAUGGGAGAAGCCGCUCGAAUGGGAUUAUAUCGAGCUAAAUGUCUACCUCAAACGCUAGAAAUCAUAGCGAGAGCAAGAAGGAUGAGGAAAAAUCAUCCAUUAUUGAAAUCAGUAUAUAUACUUACUGACGCCGAUGACGCUUGGAUAAACGAAAUUAGAAUGUGGUUACAAUCUGAAGGAUGGAAUGACGUUUGGAUAGGAAAAGAUGAUAUCUAUCCUGAAUGGCAAGAUAAAGAAGUUGGUGUAGCGGUAGAUAUGGAAGUUGCCAGAAGAGCAGGUGUUUUCGUUGGGAACGGGUUCUCCACGACAAGCUCAAAUAUCGUAUUACUGAGAUCGAGAGAUGGGAUACAUCCUGAUUUAACUCAAUUCUGGUAG